GAAGAAACCACUGGUGGACUGGGCCUGAGAGACAUCACGCCAUAGAUAAACAUGGUCAUCCCUGUAGCCUACAUAGCAGCAGGAGCAGUAGGAGCUGUUGUCGCGACCCCUCUUGUUCUGGGGGCCGCAGGUUUCACCUCAGCUGGGAUAGCAGCAGGCUCUGUGGCUGCUAAAAUGAUGUCAGCUGCUGCAGUUACCGGUGGAGGAGGAGUGGCAGCAGGCAGUACGGUGGCUGUUCUACAGUCAGCAGGUGCGGCUGGUCUGUCAGGAGCUGCCACUGCAGCUGUGGCUGGUGUUGGAGCAGCAGCUGGAGCAGCAGCGGGAUGGGUGUCUAGCCUCUUCCACAAAAAACCUUGAAGGACUAUGAUUGAUUAAAAUUGAUUAGACUUCUGACAAAAACAGUAAUUCACUUUGGUGAAUAUACUUUUUAAUUUUUGAUGUCUGUGCAAUAAAUUUAAACUUCCUGUGAAAA